GUGGUACAGGACCAAAAAGUGACCAAGGAUGGGGUUGUAUGCUACGCUGUGGACAAAUGCUUCUGGCUCGUGCCCUAAUCGUACGCCAUCUCGGCUCAGAUUGGCUAUGGAAUAGGGAAGCCAAGGAAGACGAUUACAAGCGUAUUUUACGAAUGUUUCAGGACAAAAAAUCCUCCCUCUUCUCGAUACACCAAAUUGGUGAGUUGCUGUUUGGGAAAUGGGAAGAUUUCUUGGAGAAAAUGCUCAAAAUUCUGUAAUA